AUGAGAAGCACUGACAACGAAAUUGACUACCAUAAAAAUGACAUUCCCUCACGACGGUCUUCAACAAGGGAGGCAGAACCAGAUUCUGAUAGCGGGAUCCUCUGUAAAGUGCUCGUUCACACCAGUCGUAUCGGACAGUCAGUCAGCACGGGCUCGUGCCGUAUCGGACAGUCAGUCAGCACGGGCUCGUGCCGUAUCGGACAGUCAGGCAGCACGGGCUCGUGCCGUAUCGGACAGUCAGUCAGCACGGGCUCGUGCCGUAUCGGACAGUCAGGCAGCACGGGUUCGUGCCGUAUCGGACAGUCAGGCAGCACGGGCUCGUGCCGUAUCGGACAGUCAGGCAGCACGGGCUCGUGCCGUAUCGGACAGUCAGUCAGCACGGGCUCGUGCAGUAUCGGACAGUCAGGCAGCACGGGUUCGUGCCGUAUCGGACAGUCAGUCAGCACGGGCUCGUGCAGUAUCGGACAGUCAGGCAGCACGGGUUCGUGCCGUAUCGGACAGUCAGUCAGCACGGGCUCGUGCCGUAUCGGACAGUCAGUCAGCACGGGCUCGUGCCGUAUCGGACAGUCAGUCAGCACGGGCUCGUGCCGUAUCGGACAGUCAGUCAGCACGGGCUCGUGCCGUAUCGGACAGUCAGGCAGCACGGGCUCGUGCCGUAUCGGACAGUCAGGCAGCACGGGCUCGUGCCGUAUCGGACAGUCAGGCAGCACGGGCUCGUGCCGUAUCGGACAGUCAGGCAGCACGGGCUCGUGCAGUAUCGGACAGUCAGGCAGCACGGGUUCGUGCCGUAUCGGACAGUCAGGCAGCACGGGCUCGUGCCGUAUCGGACAAACCAUUGCAUCGCACAUCCGCACCUACGACUGUAGGAGCAGGACCGGUGCAUCGGACAUCCGCACUUACGACUGUAGUAGCAGGACCGGUGUAUCGGACAUCCGCACUUACGACUGUAGUAGCAGGACCGGUGUAUCGGACAUCCGCACCUACGACUGUAAUAGCAGGACCGGUGCAUCGGACAUCCGCACUUACGACUGUAGUAGCAGGACCGGUGUAUCGGACAUCCGCACUUACGACUGUAGUAGCAGGACCGGUAUAUCGGACAUCCGGACUUACGACUGUAAAAACAGGACCGGUGUAUCGGACAUCCGGACUUACGACUGUAAUAGCAGGACCGGUGUAUCGGACAUCCGUACCUACGACUGUAAUAGCAGGACCGGUGUAUCGGACAUCCGGACUUACGAGUGUUAG